AUGUCUGCAGUUACAGGCACGUUCCGCGUCGUCUCCGAGGAGGAGCAGGCGCUGCGCACCAAGCUGGAGCGCCUCACCACCAAGGACCACGGCCCCGUGUUUGGGCCCUGCGAGAAGAUCCCCCCGCACACCCUGCAGAAGGCGAAAGACGAGCUGAACGAGACGGAGGAGCAGCGGGACGCGGCGGUGAAGGGGCUGCGGGAGCUGGUGCUGGAGCGGGCUGGCGGCGGCGAGGACGUGUGCAAGGCCGUGGCCGAGAAGGUGCAGGGCAAGGACGACUCCUUCUUCCUUCGCUUCAUCCGCGCCCGCAAGUUCGACAUCCACAGGGCCUAUGAUUUGCUGAAAGGCUACGUGAACUUCCGUCAGCAGUACCCCGAGCUCUUCGACAACCUGACCCCUGAGGCCGUCCGCAGCACCAUCGAAGCGGGCUACCCCGGCAUCCUGGCCAACAGAGACAAGUAUGGACGGGUGGUGAUGCUCUUCAACAUCGAGAACUGGGACUACGAGGAGAUCACCUUCGAUGAGAUUCUUCGUGCCUAUUGUGUCAUCUUGGAGAAGCUUCUGGAAAAUGAAGAGACCCAGAUCAACGGGUUCUGCAUCAUUGAGAACUUCAAGGGCUUCACCAUGCAGCAGGCAUCAGGGAUCAAACCCUCUGAGCUCAAGAAGAUGGUGGACAUGCUGCAGGACUCCUUCCCAGCCCGCUUCAAGGCCGUCCACUUCAUCCACCAGCCUUGGUACUUCACCACUACCUACAAUGUGGUCAAACCGUUCCUGAAGAGCAAACUGCUGGAGAGGGUCUUUGUGCACGGGGAGGAACUCGAGUCCUUCUACCAGGAAAUCGAUGCUGACAUCUUGCCAGCAGACUUUGGUGGCAACCUGCCCAAGUACGACGGCAAAGCAACUGCAGAGAAGCUCUUUGGGCCCCGCAUCGAAGCUGAGGACACAGCUCUCUAAACCUCUCUAAACCCAGGUCCACUCCCUCUCCCCUGUAAAAUAGGAUCAGCAGUGACUGUCUAACCUCAGCCACCUCCUUACCAUAGCACUGGGCGAAUGACUGCUCGUGAUGAGGYGCUCUGGAUGUGUUGUUCUACGCCUGCUCCGUGCCUCCCACCCCAAACUUGGCAGGGGGCUGCCCGGCAGC